AAUGUUGCGGGGUUGCUAGAGUGGACUUCAAUACACCUGUGCACGACGAGUGAUGAGUUCUUUCCGCGCGGUUCAAGCAGCGCAUCUAAUGCUCCAUUCGAUCGGCAGCAUGAUUUCGCAGUGUUCGACUCUAUGGACAAAGAUCUCAAGCUCGGACCGUUGAACGAGGAUGGAAUCCUCGGUGUCACGGACGGAACGUAUCGCUUGCAUUUUGGUAAGGCAUCCUAG